CUCCUCUUCUCACAAGACACACAGGCCAAGCGAGCGAUCAAGAGCGAGCCAUCAGCUCUCGCGCGCUCAGUUUAGCUAGCUGCUUCUUCUGAGAGAAAUUAAAGAUACAUAUAGCUAGUAGAAGGAGAUAGAUGGCGUCGAUGUCGAUGAGCUCGUCAAGGGCGCAGUGGACGAAGAAGCAGGACAAGCUGUUCGAGCAGGCGCUGGCGGUGUACGACAAGGACACGCCGGACCGGUGGCACAACAUCGCGCGCGCCGUGGGGGGCAAGUCGGCGGAGGAGGUCAGGCGCUACUACGAGCUGCUGGAAGAGGACAUCAAGCGCAUCGAGGCCGGCAAGGUGCCCUUCUCCGCUUACAGGUGCCCCGCCGGCGCCGCCCCCAAUUACUAGCUAGGCCCACAGGCUGAAGCACCAGAAGAUCUACGUACGUACUUCGGCAACAAUCAUGACAUACAGUGGGUUUGGCUACAAAACAGUAACUCAACCAAGUGGCCGGAGCAUCCGUGCACAUAUGUGAAUAACUACCGCUACCUCUAGUUACCGCAGAUCAAUCGAUCUCCCAUGUAUGUAGUAGUAUACGUGUUCAUCUGGAUUCUCAAUUUCUCAUGUAAGAUCAUCUCUGUAUUUGUAUUAUGUAUCUUGAGAAAAAGUGAAGUAAAAAAGUCCUUCAUUUCCCCUUAAACAAA